AUGAGUUCCAAAGAUGAAUCUCCCGAACAACUGAUUCUUCUUGUUAGUGCUAUCUUUGCCUUGAUUUCGUGCAUCAUGUCUAUGCUGGCUAUUACGACUUCUGGGUGGCAAAUUGAUAGUAACGACAACAAAACAGGCCUUUUCCGAAGUUGCUAUAAAGAUAGAUGCACAAGUGUAGCAGAACGACAUGAGACUGCAAUUGUAUUUGCCAUUCUUGGUCAAGUGUUGAUUCUCGUUGGGAUUAUCAGUUCAUUCAUGAAUGCAUUUAUCUAUCAACACUGCCUGGGUUCGAUUUGUGUAACCAGUUGUCUGAUUUUCGCGUCGAGCUUCUUCUGGAUUACCAUUCUAACCAUUAAUUUACAAUUGUACUUGAAUGGUGGAAGCGCGAUUAUAUUCAACGCAGCUUUGUCAUUUUCCUUACUGGCAACAUUCACGUCAUCGUUUGCAUUGGGUACAUUUUUUACAAGAAGAAAUAAACAGAUACAAUCAAGAAUAUCAACUAUACCUUUGCGGAUAUCAUCCUCGAGUGAAUUCUAUCGAUACGGAGAGACAGUGACCAAAUAUCCCCGAAUUGGAUUUGAUUAA